GCAGCCCGGUCCGGGGGGAGGUGUCCCUGUCUAUAGCAGGGGGCUUGGAACUAGGUGAUCUGAAAGGUCCCUUCCAACCCAAACCGUUCUGUGACUCAGUGAAAAAUGAAACAGUGCUCCGCUGUAUUUUCCAGAGACGUGAACUUGCACAGCUUGGAUGCGGUUGGUUCUUCAGAACCUGCCCUGCAAGUCUGGGAGGACAUUCACGUCCUCACCAAGGACCUGGAUGAAGGAACAAAGUGUGCCCCCGGCCUGUGUCUAGAAGAGGCGGACACCCCAGAAAGCAGUGCUGUGAUUUAGAGACAGUUAGCCACAGUGAGAGCUGGACAGAGAGGAACCUGGUGGGGUUUUACAAGUGCGAGUGCAGGGCGGUACACCUGCGGGGGGAAUAACCACACACGCCAGUCCCGGCAAUGGGCUGACCUGCUGGAGAAGGGCUCUGCACAGAAGGACCUGGGUGUCCUGGGGGACGCCAGGCUGGCCCUUUUCGCCUUCUGGAGACGUUCCUUGUCAGCCGCCAAGGAGAGGUAUCCUUCCAAGGGAGAUCAGGUAGGUUACCCAGGCAGGUGGACAACCGUGGAGAAAGGUGUUGAGCAAUCGAGGGAAUUAGCUGUGCUGGAUAAAGCGUUUGAAGAGAAAUAGAAACAUCAGCCUUUAUCGUGCUUGCUUUUUUGUUUGUUUGUUUGUUUGUUUUUUAAUGGAAACUUGGUUCUUUCUCGAGUGGUAUGUAGUGUGAGUUAGCAUCGUCUGAAAUGAUCGUGGCCAGAGUUCUGACAAAAAGAAGGGCAAUCGACAUAGCACGUUGGGAGGAAAUUCUUUCAAAGGUUGCCCAGAGAAGGUGUGGAGGUCUUGCUUGGGAGCCAAGGGCCCACACCCACAGCCACCAUGAGGCGGUGAGCGUGAUGUCACAGUGGGUGUCAGAGUGCAGCCAUUGUGACGCGUGAAGCUUGGAGUAGAGCACAGGCUGGCGGGCUCAGCGCAAGCGUCAGUGCGGCCUGGUGAGGCGUGGAGAGAGCAGGGUCUCUUGCAGUGCUCACCGUCGACGCAAAUGAUGUAUGCUAGGAAGCGGAAGUUGUCUGACUCUCAGGAGCCAGGUGAGAGCACUGCGUCCCUGUGCACAGGUCCCGAUGCUGGGCAGAGGGGUGCUGGGGCUCUGCCUGCGGCUGAGAGCCGAGAGGGGAGGAAGGGGCAGGCAGGAGCUCCCAGGCAGGCAUGGGGCUGGGCCCCUCUGCUCCUUGGCAAGGGGGCCCAGCUUGGGCUGCGGCUGCCUUGGGCCUGCCGUGGCCCCUUCCCCUCCACCGCCUCCAGCCAGCAUGGCAGGCACAGAGCAGGACCCUGGGGACAGCCCCCAGGGACACCUGGCCCCGCCAGCUGCUCACCGCUGCUCACAUUUGCUCUCUCCUCUGCAGCGUGCGUGCUGUGUGGCCGGGGAGAUGUUGACCGAAACAUCUUUGGCCGCACAUUUGACCAGAUUUGGUUUUGGGUCCACGAGUUCUGCUUGCUUUUUGCCAACAUCUCUUUUGAUGAAAGCUCCACACAGGAGGGAACUGUGGGCAUUGACUCAGCUGCCCUCACAUGCAAAGUCAAGCAGGCAAACCAGAAGCAAUGCUGUGUUUGCGGUGAGAGGGGGGCUGCCAUCACAUGUGCAGAGAGCGGCUGUGAGCGGAGCUUUCAUCUGCCCUGUGCCAAGGAUGGACAAUGCGUCACCCAGUUCUUUGGUUGGCAAAGGUCCUUCUGCUGGGAGCAUCGCCCUCGACAGACCGCAGUGACAGCUCCAGCAAGAGGCACCACCUGCGUCUUGUGCCGGCAGACCGUGGGGAACGUUGCAUCCUACCACACCCUGGUGUGCCCAGUGUGCAAACAUGCCUGGUUCCACCGGGCCUGCGUCCAGCAACAGGCCUUGAAUGAAGGCAUUGCGUGCUUCCGGUGCCCUGCCUGCCAAGACAACACUCUGUUCUGUAUUGAAAUGUCCAUCCUAGGGAUCCGAAUCCCUGACAGAACACCAGAGCGGGAGGACAAUCGUGCAUCCGCAGUGGUUUUGCAGAGGCACGGGCACUGCGACGCCGUCAUCUGCUUUUGCGCUGGAGGCAGGGAUCAGGCAGAAGAAGAGGGGCCCUGGCAGCUGAUCCCGUGCAGCUCCUGUGGAGCGCAGAGCACCCACCGAGAAUGCUCCUACUCGAGCAUCAGAACGAACAAGUGGGACUGCGACAGAUGUGCUGGCCUGGGUACCGCCUCCAGCACCAUUGCGCAGCUCGCGGCCCUCAGCGCUGCCAGCCAGCAGGGCCUGGAGCCAUCCCACAGCCCCCAGGAGCCCGAGGACAGCUGCUCCGGCCCCACCAUCCAGCCAGCGUCGGGGCCAUCCCACACUUCCCAGCUGCUGGAGCUCAGCUGCCAGACCAGUGUGCAGGGCACAGAACAAGGGACAACCUGCUCAGCUUUUCCUGACCAUCAGGACGCACCUGAGCAGUGCCAAGCACCCUGUGGGAGCAGCCAUACACCCACCCCCGGCACUGGAAGCAGCUCCCGCCCAUCCACCGCACAGGGCACUUUGGGAUCCUCCAGAGCAGCCACAGCGGCUGCGCGCAGGAGGCGUCCCAGGCAGCGGGGAACAAGCCGGACACGGAGCCGCUCCCCGCUGCAAGGUCGGGCCCCACCUUCCCAGAGCCGGACCAGAAGACCUCAGCGCAGCAGGCGAACACCAUCUCCAGCUGCUCAGAAGAGAACUCGCAGCACCAGCAGACCGGCGACACGGAGGACCUUGAGGGCUUCCCUGCGUCCAGACAGCAGGGAAUGGCCCAGGCAGCCAGGGGAGGCCCGCAUGCAAAGCCGUUCCUCAGUGGCACGUCGAGUGCCACAUGUCCACAGCCGGCACUGAGGAGGCUGCGGGAGCCAGUUCCAACAGUGGGGGCUAUCCCAGGCAUGAAGACCUCCUGGGUCUAACAUGCAAGCCAACAUCCCACCCCGCCAAGUCAGCCCGAAAAAUGAUGAGAUGGAUGCAGUUCCAACAGCGAGGGCUAUCCAGGGCAUGAAGACCUCCCGCAUCCAACAUCAAAGCCAGCAAGCAUCCACCCCCCCCCAGCCAGCCCCCCAAAAGGUGGCAUGAAAGCUGUUCCAACAGUGGCAGCUCUCCAGGCAUGAAGUCACUCCUGGGUCCACCAUCGAUCCAACAUCCGCCUCCCACUCCCCACAGUCAGACCAAAAAUAGAUAACACGGAAGCAGUUCCAACAGCACGGGCUACUCCGGGCAUGAAGUCACUCCUGGAUCCAACAUGGGAGCCCACAUCCACACUUCUGCCCCAUUAGCCUGCAACAGCCGUGUGCCAGCACCAUGUGCUGGCUCUAGUCCAAGCUAUCCAACACAAUAAACCCAACCAUCCCACACACAUUUCUGUGUCAGCUCCUCCUUCUCCGUUUGUCUAUCCUGAGGUGGGCAGAACUGGGCGCUGGGAUCAUAGGGUUUUCUCCUCCUCAGCACCUUCCCAGUGGCUGUGCAAAGGCUGCUCGGCAGCUCGUGGACAGCCUGGAGAAUUGGGCGCAGAGGAACUUGCCGAGGUUCAGCAAGGCUGAGUGCAGGGCCCUACACCUGGGGAGGAAUAGGCGCACGCUUCUGUAGAGUUAGGAGCUGACCUGCUGGAGAGGAGCUCUCUGGAGAGGGACGUGGGUUCCCUGGUGGCCAGUGGGGUGGUCGGGAGCCAUCAGAGUGCCCUUGUGGCCAAGAAGACCAAUGGCAGCCCGAGGUGCAUUCCAAAGAGCGUGGCCAGCCGGGCAAAAGACGUUCUCCUCUCCCUCUACUCUGCCCCGGUGCGGCCACAUCUGGAGUCCUGUGUCCAGUUCUGGGCUCCACAGCUCAAGAAAGACAGGGAACUGCUGGAGAGUCCAGCAGUGGACUACAAAGACGAUGAGGGGCCUGGAGGAGCAUCUUCCUCGGCAGGAAAGGCUGAUACACCUACUGCUGUUUAGCCUGGAGGGCACCUUCUCAAUGCUUAUCAGUACUGAAAGGGUGGCUGUCAAGAGGAUGAGGCCAGACUUUAUUCCCUGCUGCCCAGCAACAGCACCAAGGGGCGUUCGGCACUAACUCUUCCAGAGGAACGUGAAGAAAAGAACUUCUUUCCUGUGAGGGUGACCCAACAC